UUGCGCCGCACCGCAACAAGGUCGCGGUCCGGUGCGGUAAUUUAUGACACUUUUAGCUCUGUUUGAGACUGACAGCUGAUAGUACUGACAUUACUGACAUUCGUCUAAACCAAGACAAGAAAGAAAAUACUGUCAUAUGAUGAAAUCCGGAAAAAAAACAUCGUCUUUAUUUUAAAUCUUGAUACUGAUUGAAAACCUUUUAUCUACAGUUGCAGCCGAUUUUUAGAAAAAAAUGAUUAGGGAAGAUGACCCCCAAUUCCGAAUUACACCGUUUCAGCAAAUGGCAUCAGCAUGUUCCGGUGCACUUGUAACCUCAUUAUUCAUGACUCCCUUGGACGUGGUUAAAAUACGUUUGCAAGCACAACAGAAGGCAUUAUUGUCGAAUAAAUGUUACCUUUACUGCAAUGGUUUGAUGGAACAUCUAUGCCCCUGUGGUGAAACAGGUUGGAUACCACGCCGAGUACACUUCCACGGAACUAUGGAUGCUUUCUAUAAAAUUGCUAAAUUAGAAGGAGUUCCUGCUUUAUGGUCUGGUUUGAGUCCAACACUGAUUUUGGCUCUACCUUGUACUGUGAUAUAUUUUGUCACAUAUGAACAACUUAGAUACAAAACGAAAACAUUAUAUAAUAACCUUACAAAGACAACUGAUCAACCCAUGUGGAUACCAUUAAUGUCUGGUGCAACAGCAAGGACCAUUGCUGUGACUAUUGUCAGCCCACUUGAACUGAUAAGAACAAAAAUGCAGUCAAAAAAACUCACUUACUCAGAAAUUAAUGCUGCAUUAAGACAGGUUGUGAAGUACGAAGGUUACCGAGGGUUAUUUAGAGGAUUGGGAUCUACUCUUCUCAGAGAUGUGCCAUUUUCGGGUAUAUAUUGGACAACAUUUGAAACUGUAAAAAGAAAGUUCAGUCCACCCGGUGCAAAUCCUGAGAAAAACACAUUUUUGUUCAAUUUCUUUUGUGGUUCUAUUGCAGGCAGUCUGGCUGCUUUCAUCACACUACCUUUUGAUGUAGUGAAGACACACCAACAAAUAGAAUUGGGUGAAAAGGAAAUUUACUCAGACACCAAACAUCGUCAGAGGGCUUCCAAUAUGCAUGACAUCGCUAAAAAUAUCUACAGAAACCAUGGCGUUAAAGGGCUUUUCACAGGCUUGCUACCUCGAAUAUUUAAAGUAGCACCAGCAUGUGCUAUAAUGAUAGCUACUUUCGAAUAUGGAAAACAGUUUUUCCAGUCAUAUAAUACACAGAAAUACAAGGAAAAGAUGCAAAGGAGUGGCAUAAAAAUUCAAAUAUAUAAAGAUUAAGUGGGUUGAAGCUUUACAAGGUACCUGUAUAGAUUUAGUUUUUAGUAGUAGGCUAUAAAUAAUAAAUCGCACAUAGUAAUUAAGUACCUGUAAUUUAAAAGAACAUCAUAUUAAACUAGAUAUACUACCUAUCUAGUUUAUAACCAUAAUUAUGUGCACUAAGUAUUACUAGUGAUUAGGCGGGUCCGGAAAAUUUCAUGACGCACAAACCGGCCAAAGUAGACGUGCCUCGGCCGUGCAUUGGCCGGUUUGUGCGUGAGGAAAUUGCCUCGCGCGUGUGCUCGCUGUGUGGACCCGGCUAUUCAUAAGCUUAAAAAUAGUAAAAAUAAAAGUAUGUACUUAGUUAGGUACCUACUUCUUUGAGUCAUUAUGUGAACUCACAAUAGUCACAGUGAACUCACAAUAUUCUUAAACGCUAGAGACGCUAUUGGUUAUGAAUUGCGACUAUUUGCGACCUAUAGAGGAGAACUUCCGGACAUACAAAAGCAAAUUGCCCGAGUCAAAAGAAAGACCUUUGCUACGCUUCGGUCAAUUAAUUCACACUAUAGGGAUGAUGACACAUGUUGAAUUUUAUAACAAAAUCUAGUAAAAUAGAUAGCAAAUGAGCAAUUUAUCGCAAUAAUGUUAUUAAAAAAUAUAUGGAAAUGAUAAAAAAAUAAAGGACCUAAAAAUUUCAAAAUUAAAGGUUUUUUUUAUAUUCCAAAAAGAAUAAAGUUAGGGUACCAUUCGAUUCCUUACACUUCCAACCAAAAAAAGUAUUGUAAGUAUAGCAAAUAUAUACAUAAACGCAAUAUUUCACCGACAAAAUCGCAAUUUUAAUGUUUGACUAUCAUUUAUGACUUUUUGGUCCCAUAUAGACAUUUGAUUCUAAUAACGAACCUGAACAAUUGAUACCAUUCAUAAAAAAUUGUCAUCUAGCCUAUUGUUGCUAUUCCAUAACUAUUAAAAGAUGUAAGUACUAUCAACUUUUUUUUUAUAAAGAUAGUAUUCCAAUUAAAUAUACAUACAUUAUGUAUUACUCGUAAGUACAUUGUGAUCAUACAAGAUUUAAUUUUGUUGUACCUGUCUAUAUUUAGUUUUCAAGUAGAUAUACACCGUGUUUUUUUCCGUUAAUUUCAAGGGUGUGCCCCUGAGCUUAAAUUAAGUAGGUAACUUUCUCAAAGACACCUGCAUUCUAAUUAACUCUAUUUCGG